AUGGCCUCCAACUCGACGUCCAUCAGCACCACCAUGUCGUCUGCCGCCGAGUCUAGCUCGUCGGCUGCACCGAGUACCACGGCAGCCAGCAGCACUUCCGUCUCCUCCGUCUCCUCCGUCCCCUCCGUCUCCUCCGUCGACACAUCAUCCAUCGCCGAGUCCAUCUCAUCUGCCGUAUCCUCGUCGAUCGCAUCACCAACAUCCACCUCUGCGGAACCCACCAGCAAUACCGCAAUUGUUUCUACGGCAACCAUAUCCGAAUCAUCCAUCCCGCCCACCACAGCAGUCGUCACGUCCGUGGUCACGCGCACACCCACUUCACCGGGCGAGACACCUGUCGUCGUCACAGUCACCGCGACGAACCCGCCCACCAACACACCCAUCACCACCGGAAUCACCAGCACUGGCCGCACCUCAGCGACAUCCUCGUCACCUGCGCUCAACACCGGUGGGAGUGGCAAUGGAGGCAACGGGGGUGGCGGCGGCCUCAGCACAGCAGGCACCACUGCAGUCGCCGUCGUAGUUCCAGUCGCCGUUGUCGCGCUUCUCGUACUGGGAGGCAUCUUCUUUUGGCGGAAACGGAAGGCGAAGAAAGCAUCCGAAGAGCAGCGUAGGAAAGAGAUCGAGGACUAUGGGUUCAACCCGAACAACGAUCCUACUCUCCCGGCUGUCGCAUCAGACAAUGGCGCCGAAAUGGCGGAAGACACCAGCGGCUAUAGAGGGUGGGGUGCAGCGACCGGCAGCAACCGGAAGAUGUCGACGACCCUGAGCGGCGGCCACACCCAGGGCCAGCUUUCGGACGCAGGUAGCAACACAUACGGCAGCCAACUUGGUCCAGGCUCGGCUUCGCCUACGGGUGGCAAUUCUGAUGGACAUUCUGCCGACCCUCUGAUGCACCAAAGGCGAGAAACGAUGAACAGCGACGUAGGAUCUCUCGGAGCCAUCGGUGGUGCACCUGUAGCGGGCACUGCGGCCGCAGGAGUAGGCGUUAAGCGCGGUCCUUCCAACGCGUCGUCCACAUACAGCGUUGGGAACCACUCUGACGUAUCUGACGGCCCACCACCCGGAGGCCUGGGUAUGAGCCAGUCUUAUGAAGCCUACAACCCCAAUGGCUUCGGUUAUAGUCAACAUGGCCCCUACGGCGACGGCACAUACGGCGGCGCUCAACAGGAUGGUAACGGCAUGCCCGUAGUUCGAGACGUCAGUGCACGCCGUAACACGCGGAUACAGCAGCCUGGCAACUACCAACAAGGCAACUCCGGCAUUGCACAGAACUUCUAG